AUGGCCGCUAAACUCAUUCUCUUCGUCUGCGCCACCGCCCUCGUGGCACAGUCCACUCUGUCUAUACCUAUCGGCGGCUAUGGCUGUGGCUGUGGCGGUUGGGGUGGAAGAGGCUAUGGUGGUCUUGGCAACGACAUUGCUGCUGCUUCCGCUCUCAGAGCUUCCAACGGUGGAGGUCUCCCUGUUGUCACCGCUUCCGCCGCUCCUACUGGUCUAGGCGUAGCUUCCGAGAACAGAUACGAGGGUACCGUCGGUGUCUGCGGUAACCUGCCGUUCCUUGGUACUGCCGAUGUUGCUGGUGAGUUCCCCACUUAUGGUCUUGGUGGCAUCGACUACGGUUGCGGUGACGGCGCCGUCGGCAUCACCGCUGAGAGAGGCAUCGGCUACGCUGGUGGUCUCGGCUACGGCGCUGGUUACGGGCUCGGCUAUGGAGGCUACGCCGGACGCGGAUGGGGCUGCGGCUGCGGUGGCAUCUGGUGA